UGAAGUGGAUUAUAAUGUUAUUGGUCAUGCUGGUUAUUAGGCCACGCUUGCUGGUAUCAAAGACCAUUGGUGUAGAGUAUUCGUUACUGCUAACAUGGAAGAGGGACGAAAACUUACGGAGGAACAAUAUGAAAUUUAUGAAACCACCUGUCGCAGGAUCGAUAAAUUUCUCCAGAAAUUCACAGAGAAUCGAAGCCUGAAGGAUAUUGAUUUCAACGAAGGCGAUAGCGUUUUAGAAUUUAUCGAUCAACUGGACCAAAAGGACGUAAAAUCGGCAAUUAUCAAGUACUUCGCAUCUUGUAAUGAAGUCUUUGGAAUAUUUACAUUGGUUUGGGAGAGUCUCGUAAGUUCGAAAAUCUCUAAUCUUUUCAACUCCAGUAAGUUGGCAAACUUACUGCUUGGUAUUGGGAAUUUAACGGAUUUUUCGUAUGACUUUGGCUAUGCUUUUGGGGAGAAGGGCCUCCUAACCUUGCUCCUUCGAGAUAUCAAGACAAAAAAUCUUGGGGAUAGGCAAACAAGCUUUGCGCUUACGUUUAUUUAUAACUGCUGUUGGAGGGUUCCAGAGAAUAGGAUCAUCUGUCGAGAGUACGUCGACACCCUCCAGGUUUGUGCGCAAUCUAAGGACCCUGAGAUUCAGGCCGAUGCUUUCCUGACACUUUCCUACAUCGUUGACAAAUCGGAGGUCCACAAGAUAUCCUUAAAUGAGCCAUGUCUGAAGUUCCUCCUUUUGGCUCUCAAGUCGGCCUUGGGAUCGCCGGACGGUCGGUCUCCUGUCGGCUACUCGACAUUCGAGCUGCUCCAGGGACUCAACCAGCUCACCAUCAACGAUUCUAACAAGCUACUUGUCGUAAAACUUGGAGGGAUUGAGGUCCUGGAGAGAAUCUUGGCGAGAGAUGGAUCGAGCAACGAAGAAAAGCAUUGGGCUGCCCGAGGAGUAUGGCAAUUGGCUUUCAAAGAAUCAAACAAAGUAAAAAUACGGCACAGCAAAGCAAUCAUCAGUGCACUGAAUAAGAUUCGGGAAACAACUGAUCAUUUCCGCCUCAAGGAGGCGUGCGCAAGUGCACUCUUCGUCAUCAAUGACGUACUGGACAUCGAUGACGAAUCCGAAGGUCACGCCUCUACUCGUGGAGAACACAGCCAAAGGUCGGUGAGGAGUGAGGAAUCGGCGGGUCAUGGCGAGGAAGGUCAUGUUAUGAUCAGCUAUCAGCAUGCCAGUCAGGAUCGUAUGCUGCUGGUCAAGAGCUACCUUGAGGAACAUGGGUAUCACGUCUGGAUGGAUGUGGACAAAAUGAAAGGUGAUAUACUGGAUUCCAUGGCCAAGGCGGUUCAGAGAGCUGAGGUCGUCCUUGUUUGCAUGAGUCAUAGAUUUAAAGAGAGUCAGCACUGCCGCACAGAAGCAACAUAUGCCUACACCCUAAAUAAAGCCAUCGUACCUCUGAUGCUUCAAGACGGGUUCUCCCCAGAGGACUGGUUGGGAGCCCUGAUGGGGAUGAAGAGGUACUACCCGGUAUUUUCAGACGAUCUUAUGAGGCAGUCACUUCCAGACUUGAUCAAGGAACUAGGCGACAGAGGCAAACGAGAGAAAACAAAUAUUAUGAUCAUGCCAUCUCUGGUUGAAGUCACAGGUUCGAGCCCUGUCAUAGCCCAUGGUCAACGGUCACAGGAAAAAAGAGCGGGAGACGACACAGACGGCAAUGGAGGAAUCAAAGACAACCCAUUAGGCAACCAAGAACUGUUGCAUUCAAGCUCAUAUGCCGAGUCUGAUAAUACAUGUAUAGCCACAUGGAACGUAGAAGAAACCAUGGAGUGGCUAAGAUCACAAGGUGUCGAUACGAAUAAUGACAGUUUCAAGAAGGUGGAUGGCAUUCGCCUGAGGCAGAUCAAGAACCUGCUAAACCUGGCGCCAGAAUUUUGCCUUAAAUCCCUGAAGGAGGAAAUGGGUCUUAGCUUUUGGGACGCCCUUUCGUUGGUAGAUGCGUUGGAGAAACUCGGGGGGUAGGGGGAAGAAGGUAAAAACAGCCCCCCUUGACAUUUUUUGACAAUAAAUCUGUAACGCGAAAAGAUCGCGCUGCAAUAUUUAAUGACAUUUUCAGGUCUCGCGCAGCUUUCGAGACCAAAUUUGCGACGCGAGUUUACGCGGUUGUGAAGUUACCUAACAAUUUGUAAAUACAUAUAUUAAAAAAAAUGCUCAAUAUUGUGAUUUCAUGUACAAAUUCACAAAUUCUAUAUGUAGAAAAAAAAUUAAUAGAUCAUUUUUAUUCUACUGAUUAAAACAAUAGAUUCAUCUUAUUUGACUGAAUAGUGUUGCCCACGAUUUCUAUCGAAAAACCAAUGAAAAACAUAAAGAAAAAAAAUUCAUAAAAGAUAAAAAAACGAAUAAAAUCACAAGAAAAACAUUUGAUAUUGUCAGUUUACAAUAUACAAUUGAUGAUAAUCCGUAAAAGAGUGCAUAUAACAAAAUCCAGCAGUUUGGGGGCUAUGAAAGAUUGAUUUUAUGCGUAAAUUACCACAAUUAAUUCGUAAGACUAAUAAUUUUGGAACAAUUGACAAUUGAAGUGCGGUGAUAACGUCAUGAGUGACGUGCGUGACAAUAUUCGUCGCGAUCUCUUCAAACAGUUAAUCGGUUUAUUUUCACUUGGUCCAAUGCCAAGUCGUCCAAUCGCCACCUCGUCUACUAUCAUUUGGUCUACCAUUAAUUCGUCCAAUAUCCUCAUGGUCUAAUUGCCAUUUC